AUGCCCCUUUUCAGCAUCGCACUCGUCAUCUCGCUCGCGCUGUGCGGACCCAGCUUCGAAUUCAACGACUUACGGCGCCAGUUCGGUCCGAACCUCUCCGCGCCGCUCAUUUUCCAGUUCUUGAUCGCAUUCGCGGCAAUGGCUCUCUUCAGUAUCAACCCGACGUUGCUGAUCGACUGCUUUCCUGAGCGCCCUGCCAGCGCGACAGCCCUCAACAACCUGUGUCGUUGUCUGCUGGGCACGGCGGGUGUCAGCGUCAUCCAGCCACUAAUUGAUGAGGAACAAAUUAAACUGAUAGAGCCCUUGACGCAAAACACGGCCUCAAGGACCAGUGGAUUGGUGAGGGUGAGACUGAAUAAUCUGCGUGCCGAAGAGAUGCCUGUGUUCACUAAUCAGAAAUUGAGCCGACUCGUGGUUCAAACCCGAAACAAGGAUACAGCAACGGAGCAAAUAAUCCUCCCGAUUGCAUAUACGAUGGAUGCGAGUAGAUUCAUUCCACUGGUCUAA